GUGCUAUCUAGUUUGCGACCCUAUGCAGUUUUUGCAUAUCUUCAUACUCUGUAAUCUUUGCUACAAUGGCAGGGAUACACGACAUAUAUUAUUUAUAUCCAUCUCUAUUGUAGCUAGCGUUACGUCCCAAAAAGCGUUGCAGUUCUCUAUGCUAGCUAGCUAGCGCUCUCGGGUGAUACAUCCAGGGUUUCCUGGAUUUCUUUUACGCCUGCAAACGUUACGCGUUAGGUUAAUCCAAGGCUGACAGCGAUACAGACAGACCCGUUCGGUACGAAUAACCGUCCAUGGGCAUCAUAACGUUUAUCUAUUACUCAAUUCUGAUCCCAAAAAAUACUAUUCGGGAUGAUUUGACUCUGACUGGUAGGUUAUCGUUCAAAUAAUGUAAAUUCCAGAUUUUUUUAAAAUUUCGUUAACUCGUCUUAUCUAACUAGGCAUGCUAAUGCUAACUAGGCUAAUGAUGCUAGCUAUCUGUUUUUGUGCAUCCACCUUAACCGAUUGAUAUCUUCAGUCACAGACGUAGCCGGCAGAAUAUAGUUUGUUCCAUAAUCCGAGGCUAGUCGAUUGUAAAGCCAAAUGCUCGCCGAAUAGAAAAUAGCAAGCUUACAGUACUGUACUACUACCUAAUGCAUCAAUAAGUUAGUUUUACUUGCUAGUUAGGGUGUUAAAAUGCUGUUGUUAUGGUAACCAGUGAUGGUAACGUUACAAUACUUACGCUAUACUGACCGAAAUGUCAACUUGUCAUUGAUUGAACUGUAGCUACUAAAUAGUUAUAUUACAUUGAUUCACUUUGGACUAAACUAUCUAGCUGAUUUCAGUUGCCAGUAAAUUCGUUUGCUAGAUCUCGAAAAUGUGUUUGAUACUUUCUUGCUUCAAAGCUUAUUGUCUCAUCUCACGUUAGCUCACACAGCGAAAUUGUAGUGAUUUAUUGAGCUUUAUUCCACGUCAUUGAUUGCUGAUGCUGUUUAGAGGUGCCUGACUCAGUUUCCGCAAACUGGUAUAUUCAGUCAAAAACAUUGGUUUUCAUUCUCUCAGUGUUGAUGAAUGGUUAUUAGCAGUCAGUGUCCUUAUUUCUUUAUAAGCUCAUGUAUAGGAUAUACACAAAUAUAGUCUUUGGAUUCUGAUACCCUCAUGUAGUGAAGGAUAGCAAAGGAUGUGAAACUUGCAACUUAUUUUUAUUAAAGAUUAAAUGCUAAUUUAUAUUGAAAGCAUUAUAUGUUACUUUGCUAAUAUCACUGUGUAGUCUGUAAUAUCCAUUCUAAGAGAGUGAGUCAUCAGCAUGCACAGAUGGCCCAAUAAAUAUUUUUUGAAUUGGUACCAAUUUAGUUGUUUUGCAGCAGCCUAUGCAAGUAUAAGUGUUGGGUUUUAUCAUCCCAAAUCCCUGUGGCAAGGCUAAGUCACUGACAUCCUGUGAGUUGAUAGGAUUAAGAUCAUAAAGGAUUUGCACACACACAGUGUAGGAGGAACACCUGUUUUUCUUAGCUAGCUAGUGCUCCUGCAUCUAGGCCACUGGGCUCAAUUUUGGUUGUUUUGCUACUUGUCCACAUUUCUCCUGCAAAUGUGCUUACAACCUGUUAUCUAUUACUGUAAAUACAUUUUUGUCACACAAUUUCAUACUUUUCUCCCUCAAAACACAUUGAUUGGAGAUUUCCCCAAAAUAUUUUAGCUUCUGAAAUGGAAUGUAGGAUGUAAUUUUGACAUUUACCAACAACAUAUUUUUUUUUAGUUGCUUUUUGUUUGUUAUAAGUUAGUCACAUAGAGCUUUGCGCUGACAUUAGUCACAUCCAAGUAGAAAAAGGCCAUCUGAAGAGCUGCUUAUACCUGUAGCCAAGUCCCUGUCUCAUUCAAUCCUGUGUCUUCCCUUCAUUGCUGCAGCCCUGUGCUUACUGUUAUGGCUUUGCCCUGGCGGCCAACUGAGCGAAAGGGGACUCUGGCUGUGCUGAAGAAUUAGAUGCAGCCCUGCAAGUUGGACUGGACUGAAGGAUCACAUACAUACAUGAAAACACCAUGCUGCAGAGACAGUAGGAUCCCUGUUUGAGUCCCUGCUGUUUAGAUCUUGUUCUAGUGUGUUUUUUUUCUCUUCUGCAAUCUCAAAGGUUUUGAUGGUUGAGCACAAGGGCCACUUUGAAGGAGCCUGGCGGUGGCUGUGGGUUGGCCGGAGCUGACAAACUGCUUGCCAGCUACUGCUGAUUAAGUACCCAGUUUCCCUCAACUCCCCAACACCCCCCCCCCCCUGCCACCCGCACUACCCCUGACCGUUCGGGUGAAUGAACAGGCAGAGGUGGAAGAAAACCUUUGCUGACAUUGCUCUAGCCGUUCGAUCUCAGGCACUUUUUGCACUCGCCAAGGACUACCUUCCACUCGGGUUUCCUCACCAAGGACUUGUUUCCUCAGUUUUUGGAGUAGUCGAGGUGGUUUUUUCCUCCCGAAAGGCUUUUCUCUGGGCUAAACCAUGAAGCUGAAGAAGCAGGUGACUGUAUGUGGAGGAGCGAUAUUCUGUGUGGCUGUGUUCUCCCUGUACCUGAUGUUGGACCGGGUCCAACAUGACCCUGCAAGGCGACAGAACGGUGGUGGGAACUUCCCAAGGAGCCAGAUCUCUGUUCUGCAGAACCGCAUAGAACAGCUGGAGCAGCUGCUUGAGGAGAACCACCAGAUCAUCAGCCACAUCAAGGACUCUGUUCUAGAGCUGACGGACACUGGUGCUGUGUCCCCCAGUGGACAACUACCCUUCCGCAGUGCCAAUGGCUCCUGGGUCUUGCCCUUCGAUGGACGCCCCACCUUUCUGUCUGUCAAGCCCCAGGACUGCCAGUUCGCCCAGGGCCACCGUGGCCAGACCGACCUGCAGAUGCUGGACAUAUACUCCUUGCUGAAGUUUGACAAUGUGGACGGGGGUGUUUGGAAGCAGGGCUUUGAGAUCACCUAUGAGCCUGGGGAGUGGGACAGUGAGCCUCUACAGGUGUUUGUUGUCCCUCACUCUCACAACGACCCAGGUUGGGUCAAGACAUUUGAUAAAUACUACACAGACCAGACGCAGCACAUCCUCAACAACAUGCUGGUGAAGUUGACUGAGGACCCACGCAGGAAAUUUAUCUGGUCGGAGAUCUCCUACUUCGCCAAGUGGUGGGAGAGCAGUGACACGCACAAGCAGGAGGCCAUGCGCAAGCUAAUCCUAGGAGGGCAGCUGGAGAUGGUGACCGGAGGAUGGGUAAUGACGGAUGAGGCCAAUUCUCAUUACUUCGCCAUGAUCGACCAGCUCAUAGAAGGCCAUCAGUGGCUUGAGAAGAACUUGGGUGUGACGCCUCGGUCUGGCUGGGCGGUGGACCCCUUUGGUCAUAGUGCCACCAUGCCUUACCUCUUGAAGAGGGCCAACUUGACCAGCAUGCUUAUCCAGAGGGUCCACUACUCCAUCAAGAAGCACUUUUCCUCCAGCCGCAGCCUUGAGUUCAUGUGGAGGCAGGCCUGGGACACUUCGUCAAACACGGACAUCUUCUGCCACAUGAUGCCUUUCUAUAGUUAUGACGUGCCACAUACCUGUGGUCCAGACCCCAAGAUCUGCUGCCAGUUUGACUUCAAAAGGCUCCCUGGUGGCCGUGUGAACUGUCCCUGGAAGGUUCCUCCACGGGCCAUAGUGGACGCUAAUGUGGCGGAGAGGGCCCACCUACUUUUGGAUCAGUACCGUAAAAAGUCCAAGCUGUUCCGCAGUAAGGUGGUUCUGGUUCCUCUUGGUGAUGACUUUCGCUAUGACAAGGCCCUGGAGUGGGACCAGCAGUUCCUCAACUACCAGAAGCUCUUUGACUACAUGAACUCCCACCCCGAGAUGCAUGUACAGGCUCAGUUUGGGACCCUGACUGACUACUUCAGUGCAGUUUAUAAGGCCAGUGGUGUGCCCCAGGGCUUCCGACCCCCAGGCUACCCGGUGCUGAGCGGGGAUUUCUUUGCGUAUGCAGACCGUGAGGACCACUACUGGAGCGGCUACUACACCUCGCGGCCCUUUUACAAAACCCUGGAUCGGGUACUGGAGUCUCACCUCCGGGGGGCAGAGAUACUGUUUAGCCUGGCAGUGGCCCACGCUCGUCAUGCAGGCAUGGAGGGACGCUACCCAACCUCAGACUACACCCUGUUGACAGACGCCAGACGCACCGUCGCCCUCUUCCAGCACCACGACGCCAUAGCAGGCACUGCCAAGGAGAAUGUCGUCAUUGACUAUGGCAACAGGUUACUCCACUCCCUGCAGGGCCUGAAGAGAGUGAUCAUUAACGCAGCCCACUUCCUGGUGAUGAAGAACAAAGAUGUGUAUCGCUUCUACCAGACAGAACCCUUCCUAGAGACAGAUGACAGGCGUGCCACCCAAGACUCCCUUCCCCAGCGCACCCUCAUUGAGCUGGACCAGUCGGGGCCCAGGUACCUUGUGCUGUUUAACCCAGUGGAGCAGGACAGGCUGUGUGUGGUGACCGUGUUGGUGAACAGCGCCAGGGUUCGGCUGCUAACAGAGGACGGACAGACCCUCCCUGUGCAGCUCAGUGCCCAGUGGAGCACUGCCACCCAGAUGAGUGCGGAGGUCUUCCAGGCCUCCUUCAUGGUGCGUCUCCCUGCCCUGGGCCUGGCUGUGUUCCACCUCUACGACUCUGCUGACAGCCCCAUGACGCUGCGCUCUGACACCCUGCUGAGGCUGUCUGAUCGGGGGCUGACCGUCCACAACGUGGAGCCCCUGCCCCUGCGCUCCCAGGCGGCCGACCCGCUGCCCUUCUACGUCUCUACACAGUCCCUCACCCUGGGCUUUUCUGGCACCACUGGCUUGCUGGAGAGUAUCCGUCGUAAAGACAGCCCUCAGGAGGUCAAGGUUCAGAUGCAGUUUGUGACGUACGGUACUCGGUCAUCAAAGGACAAGAGUGGGGCGUACCUCUUCCUGCCUGAUGGUAAAGCUAAGCCCUACAGUCAGAAGGGGCCUCCAGUGGUACGUGUGGUGGAGGGACCUCUCUUCUCUGAGGUGGUGGCUUUCUAUCAGCACUUUCAGCAGACCGUCCGCAUUCACAACGUACCAGGGGCGGACGGUCUGUCCCUGGACGUAACCAUCAUGGUGGACAUCAGAGAGCAGUCAAACAAGGAGCUGGCCAUGCGGCUGGUCACUGACAUCCAGAGUGACGAUACAUUCUACACAGACCUGAACGGAUUCCAGAUGCAACCCAGGCGCCACUUCCUGAAGCUCCCCCUACAGGCCAACUUUUAUCCCAUGCCCAGUCAGGCCUACAUCCAGGACAGCCAGUACCGCCUGACCCUGCACUCUGCCCAGGCCCUGGGUGUCACCAGCCUGGAGAGCGGCCAGCUGGAAGUGAUUCUGGACCGGCGGCUCAUGCAAGAUGAUAACCGUGGUCUGGGCCAGGGCCUGAAGGACAACAAGAAGACAGCCAACCGGUUCCGCUUCCUGUUGGAGAGGAGGUCCAUCGGCAAUAAGCAUGUUGGCUUGUUUGCCAGACUCUCCUCCAUAUUUCACUCUCUCAUCCCUUUCGACAUGAGAGGCGGAGCUCAAGAGGUGGUGGACAGUGGACCAAUCAGCUUUCCUUCCCUGCUAAGUCACAUGACCUCGGCCAUCCUCAACCACGAGGUUCUGGCUCUGCCUGUGCUGCCCAAGAAGCGCGGCAUCCCUCCCCUGCACACCUUCGCCCCCCUCAAGGCAGCUGUGCCCUGUGACUUCCACUUGCUGAACCUGCGCAGCAUCCAGCACCAGCAGGACACCAACUCCCCGUCUUCCUACACGGCCCUCAUCCUGCAUAGAAAGGCUCUUGACUGUGGGCUAGAGACCAUCAACCCUGGCUUUAACUGUACCACUACAGAGGGACAGCUGACCGUGUCGUCUCUGUUUCGUAACCUGGACCUCCAACUGCUGCAGCCUGUGUCUCUGUCCUUGAUGUACUCCAGCCCCCCUCUGGGCAACGACUCCUCUGUCAGCCUGGAGCCCAUGGAGAUCUCAGCCUUCAGGCUCAGACUGCGCUAGCGACACACUCCUCCACACCAGACCCCACCAGCCAGGCCUGGUCCUGCUCGGUUCUAUAGGACAGCUGCCUCCCAGUGCACAGAGGGGGUGUCCACGCCGGUGAUUCCUGGUCACACCUGUGUAUACAGCACACACACACACACACACACACACACACACACACACACACACAAACACACACCUGUAAAUUCUGCCUGAAAGAGUAGAGCGUCACUAUGACUAGACUCUACCUGCAGGGGGCAGCAGAUGGCUGUCAUAGACACAGAGUUGCUGUCUAAUUCAUCUAUAAAAGAACCAGAAACCUUGGGGAUUCUUUUGUUUGUGAUAAUAAGGUUAUCGCAGAGCAGAUAAUGGUAGUCUUCUACUUUUUGCAUUGCAGUAGUAAUCUCAAGUUCAUUUUUUAAUGAAACUUUACGUUUGUUUCUUAAUACCAUCCUGGACUAACUACUGAAUGUAAAUAUGAUACGGACAACCACUUGGGAAAGACAUGGCAUCGGAGAGCAAUUUGUGAGACUUUAUUUGGAGAAUUUUUCUUUCUCCUAAAGAAGCCCAUCUACCUGCAGUUGGUGGAGUAAAGAACCAUUAACUCCAUUAUUAAAGUCAUUGUUUUCUAUUAACUGAGAUUGACCUGACGAAGGCAGCGUUAUACUGUGUUCUCGGGGUGUGAAUGUGUUCUUUCUUCCUUUCUGCAGUAGAGAUGAAGCUAUGGCUCUGUAAGAUACUGUAUGUCACCAGUCACCCUGCAGUCCCAACCAGGCUGGUGCCCAGGUCUGAUUUUAAGGACAUUUCAAUCUUCAAGCUACUGUUUGUUCAGUCCUUAUCUCCCUAUCGGGUGACAGCCUAGGUCCUUCCUAUCCCCCACCGCCUCUUGCUUGUAGACGGUUUGAAGACUUUCACAUGUGUAACGUGGGCCUCACAAAGCUAUCAUGUCCCCAGAAGUGGGCUGUGGUAGACUACAAUGGAAUUUGCUUUUAUUUAAAUGCUCCGAAGGCCGUUCCUGUGCUCCUGUUCUUUUGUGUUUGUUCACCAAUCAAUGGACAAAAUGGUGUUGUGUACUAUACUGUAUGCAGUAGACAUAUGAUGACAAUACCUCAUUUAACAUAUGACACAUUGGUAUGUAUAUUGAUAUGGUAAACUUCUGUGAAGAUACGUUAUGCCAGAGGAGUAGUGAGAGAGUGAGAUCCAGGGUGCAGUGAGAUCCAGAGGGCAGCAUCAGGGACGAGGUGUCUGUUCAUUGCACUGAACUGCUAAUCAUCAUUAGUGAGUCUUGGUAGUGUCUCUGGAUAAUUUGGCUACUUCAUUGUCUCCUUGUUUUUUAACGCCAGGAUUGGAGGGCCCCAAUGUUUGCAUGUCCUUAGUUGAACAAACAGGAACCCUCCUGGGCUGAUCAUCACAGCCAGGGUACUGGGGCAACAGUGGUUAGAUAAUAUAUCUUUUUUUAAAUCUCUCAUCCCAAAACAUCUCUGUAGUGUUGACUCUGGUGGGGAUGAUUUAUCUGCUUCUGGUUGCAUGGAGGCUGAACAUCAGCAGCUAGUGUCAGUAGCAGAAGAUGCCGAUAUCAACAUACCAUUAGUGCAUCUCUGCCAUUUCUCACUAUAUGCUUCUACUAUCAAACACUCUUUUCUGUUCAUUUUCUGUUGUUUGUCCACCCCGCUGUUCUCUGAUACAUCACUCUCACUACUUCCGUGAAGUUUCCAUUCUUAUUAAAUCAGAACACAGUUCCCUACAGUCUAACAUUUCACUGAAAAAUGCUACGGCACCAGGCUGGUCUCAUACAGUGUAUGUGCUGUAGCCAAGACCUGUAUUGAUGCCGAACCAUCGUUGGUAUGCAAGGACCCGAGGACAUGGUUGACGUCCUUACUUUUCAUCAGCAGCAUUUAAUCUUUCACAUUGCAGUUUCUCUCUGCCUGUUUUCCUCCAUUCCUCCCUGUGUCUGUAAUGACCAUGACACGACACUGAUACUGUCCCUGGUGAGGCACUCCCCCCCCACACCCCCAAGUCUCCCUGUUAUUUCCUAAUGUCUCUGUAUGUAUCAAAGUCAUUUGUCUUUUCUAUGUGAUUUGUUGUUAAGAUAAACUAUGAAGGACUAAUUUCUUUAUGUUCUCUGUAUUUAUUUCUUACUGGAUGUGGUGUGUAAAAAAAGAAAAAAAAUGCAGACUGGGGGAGGCAGAAUAAAGUUCAAUAUUAUACUUGG